GUAAUGAGGAAAUGAGGAAUGUCAUAAAAACGUCAAAAUAUGCAAGUGACACGUAAUUUCACGUAAUUAUAUUUGCAUUUUGCGACCUCCAAAUGAGUAAAUUCACGAGAAAUACUGUUUCGACCGAAUAAUUAUAUAGUGACACAAUGUCUGACAAAAGUUUUGGUGACCACACGAGUCGGGGUAUAGUGAAAAAUCCUCUGCUAUCGACAGCCGUGACUGGCCUGUCGAUUGAGGAUUUGACGCACAACGCCGUGUUGUUGCCCGUUUCCCGUACCCAAGAGCCGAUCGGGAGACAAGAACCCGAGACCCCAACUCAGUUCACCCCCACCCCGUCAGGCGACACUUUCACCCCCAUUUUCGAAAAUGCCCCCCAAAAAGACGAUUUCGACGUAAAUGAGUACUUCGCGCGCCUCCAAGGCACCACGUACGUCAGCGCCCCUCUGAACAGCCAUAUUGAAACUAAUAUCGAAAAAGAGGACAAUUUAGAAGAAAUUAAUCUAAAUGAGAAUGAAGAUAUACAGCUGAAUCAGAGUAUAACGGCCGAUAUAGCGCAGAAUUUCAGCCAGUUGCCGACAGUGCUGCCGCAAGUCGCUAGCGCAGUGUUCUCGUCCUUUUCUAACAUGCUGAUGAAGAGGGAGACGCCUGAGAGGGCGCAGCCUGCGCAGACGGGUGCGAGUGGAAUACAAGCGGGUGUGAGCGAGACAGAGAUGCCGUUGGUGGGUGUGAGUGAGAGGCCGCCGCCGCUGAGGGAGCCGCCGAUUUCUGGUCCGGGAAAUUUCCGUCUAACGACAAAGAAGAAAUACGCUCAAAUUCCUGGUUUAAGUUCGGGAGAAUCAGGCCAGAUGCCGACGUACACGCCUCCUACUUUCAACCAACCAAUAUUCACCCCCCAACCAGAAAUAAAUAAUUUUAUAAAUACUAGCAACAUACCAACAGACGUUCGUCAAACUAAUGUUGAUUUUAACGCUUUUAGUAAUGAACAAAACAUUCCAUUAGAACGCGAUAGUAAAUCUAAUGUAUUUGAAACAAGGCAAGAUAUAAACGUCGCUGCAUCCCAAUUUCAAGAUUCUAAUCAGCAAGGUAUAAUUCCACCACCGCCGAUGUUUUCUAAUUUAGCGAAAAGAGACAGUGCGCCUAACGUAGGUAAGACGGUGUUACCGCCAUCCGUCGCUAGGAGAAUAGGUUCGAAUAAACCUACAAUAACUAAUCAAGCACCAGCUUUUGCUGCGGUUGGUAAUAUAUUUGUACCAGCGCCGAUUGCAGCAGAAACAUUGCCACCAAAUGCCUCGCAGCCAUCGUUUAUGGGUAGUAACUCUGGCAGCUUUCCUUCAAGUUAUACAUCACUAGAAGCAUCGCCAGUUAUACCCAUGUCUAUGCCAAUCCCAAGUACAGUUUCAACAGCUACACCGCUGACUACACUUGCCAGAACCAUCUACAAUUCCAGAACCACCGAAGGCAUCAGGCAGCACCAAUUUCAGGAUGACGAAGAAAAGGCCACAAUAUUACUCAGGACCUAUUGA